AUGAACAACAACGGACAGAAGCGCACUACGGAGCAGGCCUCCGAUGAUCGCACUCCGAAGCGCCGCCGAGUUACGGAGACGGAGAGCUUGAAGAUCUCCUCUCCGUCCUGGAACCAAGACGGAGAUCCCAUGCAAGCCAGCAGUGACCGAGCUGAGCGUCACCGCAAGCGCCACCAGAAGACCGAGGCGAUGACAGAGCGCGUAAUUGCGAUUCCUCGGUCGCCCAAGCGAAAACUGCUUCGCAAGCCCUCCCAGCUUGCUCGUUCUGCUGCGCCCGAAGCCCCUCAAGAGCAGGGCAUGCAGUGUCUUUCUCAUCAGCCUGCAGGGACAUUCCCCUUCCUGAAGCUGCCAUCUGAACUCCGCAACAAAAUCUACCACGAAAUCGCAGCGGACGCCGCAAAGGAAGAAGUCACUAUCCACCACCUCCCUCACAAGGGGAAUAUCAAGAUCCGCCAAGACGGGCCCAGCAAAGCAUACAUCGGUCUCACCCAAACCAAUUGCGCAAUUCGAAAUGAAUUCCGCCACAUCUACCUCGAGCAAUUCAGGGCAAGGAUUCCCCUGAAGUCCUUCCACGAAUACAAGGACGUGUUCACGACCACGGAUGCCAACGGCAACAAGGUCGCGCACGUAUCGUUCCACACGUGCGGCGCCAAGCUAGCCCACGAUGAAUUCGACAUGUUAGCUCUUAUCGAUUUCGCCCGGAGGAACCCCAACUUCGACUUCCAGCUGGACAACUGCCCGCGCUGGUCGUGGGACGAGAAGAAGAUCACGCAGACAUUCAUUGCGCACGCGAACAGCAAAACCCACCAGGAGCUAGUGAAGCAGUUCAACAUCACCGAUGUCCGGCUGGGGACGCGCAUGGUGGACGGGCAGGGCAGAAAGACCAUCCUGACCGUAAUGUUUCGAAACACGCUGCUUGAAAUUCAGAGGGCCCGGUAUGCGCAGGAUUACAUGAGAACGCUGGGAUUGCUGGACAUGGAAGGCUUGAUGGUUGAGACCAACUUGACGGGGCGGAGGGGCAGAUGGGUUGUUAGGGAUCAGGAGUAUGUGAGAUACAACAUGGAUUGGCAGUUGUGA